CAUUAGACUGUGCAGGUGUACCUAUUAUUCUCUAAAUGUACACACUGCACAAGCCUGCACUCUGGUGGAGAAACGGGCAGCAAUGCGCCCCCAGGACAAUAGGUGGCGUGUUGGUGACGAGAGAGCGCCGACGACUGGCGACAUAAUCAGCGACGAAGAAACGGUUCCUCAGUCGAGGAAAAUGGCCGACGUUGAGAUGGACAUCGCAUCUAGAAGAAUGAAUAAUGGCAACGAACACGUGAAACAGGAUCUGGAAAGUCAAGAAAGAAGUGGAAACGAGGACAGCGUAGACAUGUCUGAAGAAGAGGAGGAGGAAGAGGAGGAGGCUGAAACUAAUGGGGAGAAGACAGAGGAGGGAUCACGGCAUCACAGCAGUAGCGGUAAACACAAGAGGAAAAAACACAAACACCGCGGCAAGCACAAGAAACACAAGCAUGCCUCUGACGAGGACAAGGACCGCAAGCGUAAACAUCGUCACAAACACAGGAAACACAAACGCAAAGAAGUUUCGUCUCCUGCUGCUGGCGUGUUUGGUCCGUCCUCCCAUCGUAAAGUCGAGUCCUCUCCUUCUUCUGGCAAUCCAAGUCUGGAUGACAGGGCCUUGCUAGAAGAUUUGGAAAAACAGAGGGCUAUGAUUAAAGCAGAACUGGAUAGCCAGUUGAUGGAGGGGAAGGUUCAAUCUGGCAUGGGCCUAAUCCUUCAGGGUUAUAACUCUGGGUCCGAAGAAGAUGCAGAAGCUAGGAUAAGAAAUGGAGAGCAACGUCAAAGGGGCAGCUCAGGUAAAACUAUCUCUCCCAGAGUGGGAAAAGGUGGAAAAUCUAGACGGGACUCAACUGAGGGUAGUAAAUCUAGCUCCAAACGUCGCAGUCGGAGUAAGUCACCUGACAGGGCUGUUAAGGAGCCUAAGCAGGACAAGGUGACCAGAAGCACCAAGAAUACAACGGUAAAGGAUAGGGUGCAAGGCAGGAGCAGGUCAAAAGAAAGAAAGCGUUCAGACAGCACUGAUCGGCCCAAGGAGAGAAGGAAGUCCAACUCUCCCUCCACCUGGAGAGGAGAACAGAAAGGCAGCCGCAGUGAGAAGCGUUCUUCUCCGCAGCAAGAAGACCGACCAAACCAAGAGCGAGCAUCCCAACGUCCUCGGUCACCUGGACGAGAACGACCAAGUCGUUUGGAAGCAGAAAGGGACAAGCGGCCAGCAAAGUCUCCAUCGAAAGACGCUUCAUCAGGGAAAGAGAACCGUUCCCCUCACAGGCGAGGGAUUCACAGCCCUACGAGGAAACGCAGUGUUUCCCCUCGUCACAGAGAUCCCCACCGUCCCUCCGCUAGUGCCUCAGAUAGGACGUCAAAACAGAGCCACUCUCCAUCCAGAGCUAGGUCCCCACCGAGGAGAGGCCGCAGCCGCUCGCCAGAGACCAGGAGGAGGGACGUUGACAGACAGGACUCACCACUGAGGAAGCGCCUCCGCCCAGAUCUAGGCCCGGGGAGGGUCAAAUCCAGAGACACCAGUCCCAGGUCAUCCUCUCGCCGCAGGAUAAGUCGCUCUCCUCUGAGACGGAGGUCCCCAUCGCCACGACGACGUUCUCGGUCUUCUCCUCGCAGGCGAAGCAGGUCUCCACUGAGGCGCAGGUCUGGGGAGCGAGACCGGUAUGGUAGGCUGAGACAAUACAGACGCUCAAUGUCCCGUGAUCGGGAGAGGAGAAGACGGCGCAGCAGAGAUGAGGACAAGUUCAAGGGCAGCCUUUCAGAGGGUAUGAAAGUCGACCAAGAAUCGUCAGAAGAACUGAAUGAAGACUAUGACGGUGAGGAGAUAGAUGAAGAAGCUCUCAUUGAACAGCGCCGCCAGCAGCGUCUGGCCAUUGUGCAGAAAUACAAAGUGGUGAAUGAAGAUACCAACAUAUCGGAGCCCAGCAGCCCUCAGAGCAGCACCCGCAGCCGGUCACCCUCACCUGAUGACAUUCUGGAGCGAGUGGCCGCUGAUGUCAAAGAAUAUGAACGCGAGAACCUCAACACAUUCGAGGCCAGCAUCAAAGCCAAGCACAACCUCAUCGCCCAAGAGAAAGACGGAGCCAACCCAAAGAAGCCUUCUGCCCCUGACAUGUUCACCGAGUCAGACGACAUGUUUGCGGCUGACUUUGAUAGUGCCAGAAUGAGAGCAGCAGGCGUAGGAAAGGACUUCAAGGAGAACCCCAACCUCAGGGACAACUGGACGGAUGCUGAGGGCUACUACCGGGUUAACAUUGGAGAGACGCUGGACAAGCGCUACGAUGUUUAUGGCUACACUGGCCAGGGAGUGUUUAGCAAUGUGGUCAGAGCCAGGGACACCGCCAGGGCCGGCCAAGAGGUGGCAGUCAAGAUCAUCCGAAAUAACGAGCUCAUGCAGAAGACUGGUUUGAAAGAGCUUGAAUUCCUCAAGAAGCUGAAUGAUGCUGAUCCCGAUGACAAGUUCCACUGCCUACGCCUCUUUAGGCACUUCUACCACAAGCAGCAUCUUUGUCUGGUAUUUGAGCCCCUCAGUAUGAACUUACGCGAGGUGCUGAAGAAAUACGGCAAAGACGUUGGGCUGCACAUCAAGGCCGUGCGUUCCUACAGCCAACAGCUCUUCUUGGCUCUCAAGUUGCUUAAACGAUGCAACAUCCUGCACGCUGACAUCAAGCCAGAUAAUAUCCUGGUGAAUGAAUCAAAGACUAUUCUGAAGCUGUGUGACUUCGGUUCUGCAUCUCACAUUGCUGAUAAUGACAUCACACCAUACCUCGUCAGCAGAUUUUACAGAGCUCCCGAAAUCAUCAUAGGAAAGCCGUACGACUAUGGGAUUGACAUGUGGUCGGUCGGCUGCACUUUAUACGAGCUUUACACUGGUAAAAUCCUGUUUCCUGGAUCUUCCAACAAUCACAUGAUCAAACUAGCCAUGGACCUCAAGGGCAAGAUGCCCAACAAGAUGAUCCGUAAAGGCUUGUUCAAAGACCAGCACUUUGAUCAGAACUUGAACUUCUUGUACAUUGAAGUAGACAAAGUGACAGAAAGGGAAAAGGUGACGGUGAUGAGCACCAUCAACCCCACCAAAGACCUGCUGGCGGACAUGAUAGGAGGCCAGCGACUGCCGGAGGACCAGAGAAAAAAAGUGAUGCAGCUGAAAGACCUGCUGGAUGGCACCCUGAUGCUGGACCCAGCCAAACGCAUCAGCAUCAACCAGGCUCUGCAGCACCCCUUUAUCCAGGAAAAGAUCUGAGCCCCAGAGCGGAGAAGCAACCACUAAACCAGCUCUGACGGAAACACAGACUUCCACUCAGAAUGUCAUCGGUUUCUCCUUCUUCCUCAACAUGAUUUUGUUUAGAAAUACACAAUUGUUUUAUUGUAAAUACAUCAUUGAAAUUGUAGCCGUUCAUUUUAUUUUUUUCUUUGCGGAUUUUUCAAAUUAUUUUGCGACUUAUCGUUGUAAACUUGCGCUCAAACCCGGCAAUGCAGUUACGGACUUCAUCUUAUUUAACUGGCAUCGGAGUGAGUGAUGUUUAAAAGAAAACUAUAAUUCCUGUAAAUACUGUAUGUCUAUUGCAUUAGCAAUCUCAAGCAGCAGUUGAGUUUUGUCGUAGUUGCAGAUGUCUGAAUACAUCAUUUAUUUUGUAACCACAUUGCUCAUUGUGGGGCGAUGCAUGCUUUUGAAUGUGCACCCUUUGUAUUCUAGAUUUCUGUGGUGCGGGCCUGUGUUAACGCUCUAUGUGCAUCUGUGUCCCACAUGUGACAGCAACUUCACCCUGACCUGAUCUGAAGGAAUAGAUGCGAAAAAAGAUUUUCUUUUCUCCACAGGUAGUAGUUUUCUGUUGCUGGACAUUAUUUUGGUUUUGACCUAACUUUUCCUUUUCCUCCAGCGCUCGUAUGACGUCCUGGCUCCUAAGGCCCUCACAUUCAAGUGCCUCCUGUAUGAGCCCAAUGUGUUGAAACAACGAACAGUGCUGGCGUACUCAAGCCACACCUGCGACCCUCUUGUCCCAUUGUUGUAUAUAGUCAAUAGUUACUGUCAUUUCAUGUAUGAUUUUUUUUCCCCCCCAUUAAGUGGUAAAAACAAUCUUGUGAUUUCAAUAAAGGAUAGUUGUGGAAAA